AUGGCGUUGAAUUUGGAUUUGUCGAACGCGGUGAUGAUGAAGGAUGAGCAGGGCCGCCCUCUCAUCGUUGUCAGAGAUCAAGGAAAGAAGAAGAGGCAAUACGGAAACGAAGCCGUCAAGAACCACAUUCUCGCCGCCAGAACCGUCGCAAACAUUGUCAAGACUUCCCUGGGACCUCGUGGCCUCGACAAGAUCCUCAUCUCGCCCGACGGCGAUAUCACAGUGACCAACGAUGGCGCGACCAUUCUACAACAAAUGGAGAUCACAAAUCACGUUGCCAAGCUACUAGUCGAGCUCUCCAAGUCCCAGGAUGACGAGAUUGGUGAUGGCACCACAGGUGUUGUUGUGCUUGCUGGCGCGCUGCUUGAGCAGGCGGCAGAGCUUAUUGACAAGGGCAUCCACCCCAUCAGAAUCGCCGACGGUUAUGACCAAGCUUGCGACAUUGCUGUGGCCGAGCUUGACAGAAUUUCCGAUGUUAUCGAGUUCAGCAAGGAGGAAACCGCAAACCUGGUCAAGGUCGCGAGGACAAGUUUGGGCAGCAAGAUCGUCUCCAAGGCCCACGACCAGUUCGCCAACAUUGCCGUCGAUGCGGUCCUCUCCGUCGCCGAUCUGGAGCGCAAGGAUGUCGAUUUCGAGCUCAUCAAGGUGGACGGCAAGGUUGGAGGUGCUCUCGAAGACACUAUCCUCGUCAAGGGUGUUAUUAUCGACAAGGACUUCUCGCAUCCCCAGAUGCCUUCCGAGGUUAGGGACGCCAAGAUUGCCAUUCUCACAUGCGCCUUCGAGCCUCCCAAGCCCAAGACUAAGCACAGACUCGACAUCACCAGCGUUGAGGAGUUCAAGAAGCUGCAGACGUACGAGCGCGAGAAGUUUAUCGAGAUGAUUCAGCAAAUAAAGAACACUGGUGCCAAUCUGGCCAUCUGCCAGUGGGGUUUCGACGACGAGGCGAACCACUUGCUCCUUCAGAACAACCUUCCUGCUGUCCGAUGGGUCGGUGGUCCCGAGAUUGAACUGAUUGCGAUUGCCACAAACGGUCGCAUUGUUCCUCGCUUCGAGGAUCUCAAGCCUGAGAAGCUCGGUAGGGCUGGUGUUGUUCGCGAGAUGACAUUCGGUACGACAAGGGAGAAGAUGCUUGUGAUCGAGGAGUGCGCCAACACCAGGGCCGUGACUGUCUUUGUCAGGGGUAGCAACAAGAUGAUCAUCGAUGAGGCUAAGCGUUCUCUUCACGACGCUCUUUGUGUCGUGCGCAACCUUGUUCGUGACAACCGUGUUGUCUACGGUGGUGGUUCGGCCGAGAUUGCCUGCAGCUUGGCCGUUGAGGACGCUGCUGUCAAGUCCCCUGGCUUGGAGCAGUACGCCAUGCGUGCCUUCGCCGACGCUCUCGACACUAUCCCCAUGACCCUGGCCGAGAACAGCGGUCUUAACCCCAUCGCUACCCUGGCCGAGGUCAAGAGCCAACAGGUCAAGGAUCCUGCUGGUCGCGGCCGUCUUGGUGUUGACUGCAUGGGCCGUGGCUCGAACAACAUGAAGGAGGCUUUCGUCAUUGACCCCCUCAUCGGCAAGAAGCAGCAGCUCAUGCUUGCGACGCAGCUCUGCAGAAUGAUUCUCAAGAUCAACAAUGUCAUUGUGUCUGGGUCGGGCGAGGAAGAUUACUAA